GGCGUAUUGGAUCGGAUGGACAGGUGACCAACGUCGAAGAUAUAAACUCACGGGGAUCCCGUUCGUUGCGCACUUGUGGUUCAGCUUCAGUUCAGCAAGUACCAAGGAUCCCUCGACUACCCGAGAACAUCGGCAGUCACAUCCCUCAAGCCUGAUCAUAAUCAUGAAGUCCAUCUUCAAGGUUGUGGGCAUUCUGGCCCUGAUCUCAUCGGUCACUGCGGCACCCGCUUCUGCGCCGAACACUGUCCAGGAGCGAACACCCGAGCCCAGCCCUGGUGGCAUUCCCACGACGGCCAAUGCCAAAACUCAGUUGGCCGCCUUGAGUGUUGUCACACAGGUCGAUGAUGGCACCUACGACCGUGACUUGUUCCCUCAUUGGAUCGAGAGCGGCGGUUGUAGUACUCGAGAGUCUGUCCUCAAACGCGAUGGCACUGGUGUGACUGUCGGUUCCGACUGCUACCCAACAGCUGGAUCGUGGAGUAGCCCUUAUGACGGUGCAACAUGGACUGCACCGUCCGACAUUGAUAUUGAUCACAUGGUUCCUCUGAAGAACGCUUGGCUCUCUGGUGCGAAUUCAUGGACGACAUCGAAGCGCCAGAGUUUUGCCAACGACUUGACUCGACCUCAGCUUUGGGCUGUAGCGGAUAACGUCAACCAAUCAAAGAGCGACAAGAAUCCUGCCAACUGGAAACCACCGUUGACCUCUUUCUACUGCACUUAUGCCAAGAGUUGGGUUGCUGUCAAGUAUUAUUGGGAUCUUACCAUAACAAGCAGUGAGAAGACAGCUCUGACUAGUAUGCUGAACACUUGUUGAGGGGUUCUGCUUCAGUCUGUGUGUGGAGUUUGACUUCAUCCUUGAAAAUAUUCCCGGUAUAUUUUAUGCUUGUUUUCUGUCAAUUAGCACGCAGAAACAUGAGGUGGUCCCGAUUAUCAUCACGGUAGUAGACAUGUCGAAUCUGCCUGUGGGCCUUCUAUGCGAGUUUUUGCUGCAAAAUAGCACUUUUCAUCAUGAUAAUACGUUUCAAAUGUCACUUGCAAUUACUCAAGGGCCACGCUCUAUGGCCAAUUCGUUGGAUGUCUACAGAUACUGAUCAGCCUUGGGGAAUCUUGUGAUCUGGGACUGGAUGGUAAUAGGCGUGAAGAACCAGGAAUACGUUUCAAACGCUCGAGACUCUGUUGACUGGUUGACUUGGGGAUAUACCUGAUUUUCGCCGCUCUUCUUCUCAUUUAGGUAUAUUUUGAUCAGCCACGCAAACAC